CCAAGCCCUGUUUACAUGAGCAUAUUCUCGGUAUUUCAGGCUCUGGACGUGGACCGGAUGGUUCUGUACAAAAUGAAGAAAUCCGUGAAAGCGAUCAACAUCUCGGGCCUGGCCCACGUGGAGAGCGAGGAGCAGUACACGCAAGCCCUGGAGAAGUUUGGCGGGAACUGCGUGUGCAGAGACGACCCGGACCUGGGGAGCGCGUUCCUCAAGUUCUCAGUGUUCACCAAGGAGCUGACGGCGCUUUUCAAAAACCUGAUUCAGAACAUGAACAACAUCAUCUCCUUCCCUCUGGACAGCUUGCUGAAGGGGGACCUGAAGGGAGUGAAAGGGGAUCUGAAAAAGCCUUUUGAUAAAGCUUGGAAGGACUAUGAAACCAAAAUAACCAAGAUCGAGAAGGAGAAGAAGGAACACGCCAGGCUGCACGGCAUGAUCCGCACGGAGAUCAGCGGCGCCGAGAUCGCCGAGGAGAUGGAGAAGGAGCGGAGGUUCUUCCAGCUGCAGAUGUGCGAGUAUCUGCUGAAGGUCAAUGAAAUCAAGAUUAAAAAGGGCGUGGAUUUACUUCAGAAUCUGAUCAAGUAUUUUCAUGCCCAGUGCAAUUUUUUCCAGGAUGGCCUGAAAGCAGUCGAAAGCCUCAAACCUUCCAUUGAAACCCUUUCAACGGAUCUUCACACAAUCAAACAGGCCCAGGAUGAAGAAAGAAGACAGCUUAUACAGCUCCGGGACAUUUUGAAAUCAGCGUUGCAGGUUGAGCAGAAAGAGGACGCGCAGCUCCGCCAGGGCGCCACCUACAGCCUGCACCAGCCUCAGGGGAACAAGGACCACGGGACCGAGCGCAGCGGCAGCCUGUACAAGAAGAGCGACGGGAUUCGGAAAGUGUGGCAGAAAAGGAAGUGUUCCGUUAAAAACGGCUUUCUCACCAUAUCACACGGAACCGCUAACCGGCCUCCUGCAAAGCUCAACCUGCUGACCUGCCAAGUGAAGACCAACCCCGAGGAGAAAAAGAGUUUUGAUCUUAUUUCACAUGACCGGACGUACCACUUCCAGGCCGAGGACGAGCAGGAAUGUCAGAUAUGGAUGUCUGUGUUGCAAAACAGCAAAGAAGAAGCUCUGAACAACGCCUUUAAGGGUGACGACAAUACCGGAGAAAACAACAUAGUCCAGGAGCUCACGAAGGAGAUCAUCUCCGAAGUCCAGAAGAUGACCGGCAAUGACGUGUGUUGCGACUGCGGGGCGCCAGACCCCACGUGGCUUUCCACCAAUCUGGGCAUCCUGACCUGCAUCGAGUGUUCGGGAAUCCACCGGGAGCUGGGCGUGCACUACUCCAGGAUGCAGUCCCUCACGCUGGACGUCCUGGGGACAUCCGAGCUGCUGCUCGCCAAGAACAUCGGGAACGCGGGCUUUAACGAGGUCAUGGAGUGCUGCCUUCCCGCCGAGGACCCGGUCAAGCCCAACCCGGGCAGCAACAUGAACGCCAGGAAGGACUACAUCACUGCCAAGUACAUCGAGAGGAGAUACGCGAGGAAGAAACACGCGGACAGCGGGGCCAAGCUUCACAGCCUGUGCGAGGCCGUCAAGACAAGGGAUAUAUUUGGGUUACUGCAAGCGUAUGCUGAUGGUGUGGAUCUUACGGAAAAGAUCCCGCUGGCCAAUGGACACGAGCCGGACGAGACCGCCCUCCACCUGGCUGUCCGAUCUGUGGACCGGACGUCGCUGCACAUUGUAGACUUUUUGGUUCAGAACAGCGGGAACCUGGACAAGCAGACGGGGAAGGGCAGCACCGCCCUGCAUUACUGCUGCCUGACCGACAACGCCGAGUGCCUCAAGCUGCUGCUGCGUGGGAAGGCCGCCAUCGAGAUCGCUAACGAGUCAGGGGAGACGCCGCUGGACAUCGCCAAGCGCCUCAGGCAUGAGCACUGUGAGGAGCUGCUGACCCAGGCCUUAUCUGGAAGGUUCAACUCCCACGUUCACGUGGAGUAUGAAUGGCGGUUGCUCCAUGAAGACCUGGAUGAGAGCGAUGACGACAUGGAUGAGAAAUUGCAGCCCAGCCCCAGUCGGCGAGAAGACCGGCCGGUCAGCUUCUACCAGCUGGGGUCCAACGCCACGUCCUUGGCCAGAGACGCUGCCAGCCUGGCCAAGGACAAGCAGAGGAGUUUCGCGCCCAGCAUCCUGCAGAACGAGACCUACGGAGCCAUCCUGAGCGGCAGCCCGAACCUGGCCAAAGCUCAGACAGCCUCCUCAGCUAGCGCCCUGUGGAAGACAAACUCUGUAGGUGUGGACGGUGUAAGCAGGCAGCGAUCUUCGUCAGAUCCGCCAGCUGUCCACCCACCGCUGCCCCCUCUUCGCGUGACGUCCACCAACCCCCUGGCUCCCACGCCGCCCCCGUCGGCGGCAAAGGUGCCCAGUGCCAUGGAAGCCCUGAGCCAGCAGAGCAAGCUGACGCAGCCCGGGGUCCCGCUGGGCAAAGCCACCCCCCCGCCCCUGCCGCCACAGCCGCCCAGCCGCCUCCCGCAGAAGAGGCCCGCUCCCGGGACUGACAAGUCGGCCCCACUGGUCAACAAAGGCCAGCCGAGAGGACCUGCGGAUCUCCCUGGGAUGGAAGCCCUGGGUCCUCUGUCCAGCACCGCGGCCCUGCAGCCCCCGGCACCCAUGCCCAGGAAGUCACAGACGACCAAGCUAAAGCCCAAGCGGGUCAAAGCCCUCUACAACUGUGUGGCCGACAACCCGGACGAGCUGACGUUCUCCGAGGGGGACGUGAUCGUCGUGGACGGAGAAGAGGACCUGGAGUGGUGGAUCGGCCACAUUGAUGGAGACCCCAGUCGGAAAGGAGCGUUUCCUGUAUCUUUUGUGCACUUUAUUGCUGACUAAAUGGCUACUGAACAAACACUUAACAGUUAUGUUCCCGUUUCGUUGUUGGUACCCAGACUCUUGUCAGAUGCCAGUUUCAUGAACUGUACGGUAGACCACUUGUCUGAUGCCACUGUUCUGUUUUUCAAACUCAAAGGCAAUUUAUAUGUACAAACGAAUUGUUUUUAUAAUUUGUGAUUUUCAUGAAACAUUGCUAUACUUUUAUUAGGAAAAACUAAAUUACCUAAAAGGUGAACUGAAAAGUUAUUUUAACUACAGAAUCAAAGAUCCUGAAUCCACAGAAUUAGCUGAACCUGAAAACAUUUUAAGGCUCGGAAAGAAAUUCUUCCUGCUUUCCUCGGCCCGUUCCCGACGCCGGCGACGUCUGGCCUUACUAUUGUUUAGGAAGCCAGUAAACUAAAUGCUAUCUGUUCACUUUUAUAGACUUUUUUUUUUUUUAAUGCCUUUUUAAGAUUUCCUUUGAAAGCCACCCAAUGUUUAUCUAAAGCACCUUGGAAACUGACACAUUAGCAAUGUACUUUCCACCCGAUUUGUGAGGUUGCAGCUAUCAGUGUAUCCUGCAUGUGUGCGUGUAUCCUGUUGUGAACGAUCCUACCUAACAGAACUACCAAUAGCUUCUCAUGGCUUACGAUAGUCACAGCUCAUUCAUUCCAGGUGAUGUACAACCGCAUUUCCCCAAUUUGGUUAAAAACUAAGGGUGAUGGAUUGCCAAGGAGCCCUUUCCACUCGUUUAUAUGCGUCAGGUGUUGUGGAAAUUGCCUUCCUGAGCUUCCGUCAUCUCCGAUAGCUCGUGGGGCAGCCCCCGCUGUGGCCACCUACCUGCUGUUUCCUAUUGACUGUCCCACUGCCUUUCCUUCCUAGCUCAUGAGAAUGUCUUAGUUCAGUGUCUGGUAUUUAUCUCCCACACCAACAGGAAUGGUAGUUACACUGUCUUGAAAUUUAAUCCGUCCCUUUGUUUGUAAUCGAGAGCAUAUCACAAAUCUAUAGGUCCCGGGUAAUGAAACGCUCCGGGACGCCCCAGUUUUACUGCUGAAGUCUUCAUACCCUUCUUUAACUUAAGCUACCUGGGCUGGGAGGGGGGUUAGGUUGUAUAUGAUAAAAUCAGAAUUCAUUCGUCUGAUGGACUUGACUGUCAUACCUCUACUUAGUUGUUGUGAGCGUAAGUUCAUAGGAGGGACGUUGGAAAUUUGGCGCUCUGAGGAUAAACAGGCACACAGUGCCCACUCGGUGCCCACUCGGCUCUUUACCGACAGUGGAGGAGCGAGCUGGCGUCGGCUCGGAGAGCGAGCUCCAGGCCUGGUCGCGCUGUUGUGAUGGUACCUUUGAGUGAAGCGGCCUGUCUCUGUCACGCAAGGCUCUUCCUAUAAGUGCACAGCUUCUGUUUUUGUUUUUAAUCGCAUCUUGUUUUCUGUUGCUGUUACAAAGGAAGACUGAACAAACUGGAAUGUUUUAUGAUGUGUGGCAACCGCUCUUGCCAUUCAAAGUCCUGGGUAAAAUGUGUAGAUGUGGAAUCAAAGUCUUUUUUUUUUUUUUUUUUAAGCACUACAUCUAUUUCCACUAAUUGUUGGUCGUUUGGACGCUUUGUUCAGUUAAUUGCCUCAUAGAUUUAAGAAAGCAAACCUGUACUUUGCACAGCGCACUUCUUACACGUAUUUUCACACGGUCCUCCGCACCUGUAUCUUACAGUCAGCCUUUGGACGCCUUGGUGCCAGCUUAUGUAUAAGGAAUUAAGGUGGAUUCAUGUCCACAUUUGAAUGCCAUUCCCAGAUCAAUUUAUCAGGUUCCCUGGUACAUAAAUAUCUAGGAAAUAUUUUUCCAGCCUACAGCUUGGUGGUGCUAUUGUGCAGUAAUUAAUAGGACUCUUGCUAGAGGAGAAAUUAUAACCUUUCCUGCUAAUGUUCUUUCCUGUUUAUUUGCUCUCUGCAAAUGGAAAAAAAAAAAAAAAAAAGCAAGUGAGAGGAAGGAAACCAUUGUAGAUAACUAUUUAUAUUUCAGGUUUAUGUUUCAUGAACGUAGCCGCAGGGUUCUGGCAUUUUGGUGCCGUUUCGAUCAGAUCUACUUCCAGGGACUCGGACUCGGAAACGUGUGCAGACCACAGGCACUGUGCGGUCCGCUGAGCGUGGGCAGUGCGCGUGCGGCGUGGAGAGCUGAGUGUACGAUACCCAAUCCCUCCGCUCCGUUACUUUGGUCCAGUUGCAGCGCAACUGUAUAUAUUGUAUAACCUAAAUCAAUCCUUAUUUUCAUUGUCGUUAAUGCAGUGAUUUAUAACUAGAGCAUGUUUAAUGAGUCUACUCUCCCUGUUAACUAGUCAUUUGACUAGAAAAAAAUAAAAUACUUUUAAAUGGA